AUGGAACCCAACAACACUCACACCCAAUGCCUUGGUCUCUUCCGAGAUGCCACAAAGUACAACAAUGAUGGAGUUCACCUCCUCUGUUCUGGCAAUUUUGCUGGGGCCUAUCAGAGCCUCAGACUUGCUCUUGAAGUCUGGACCAACCUUUCGACCUUUUCUGAAGAGCUACCUGAUGCAGACACUGAUGAUCUUGCUGCCCCUUGGGUUGCAGUUCGUCCAGGUGGUGCCAACCUCUCCCUGAUGAAGGAGGGCAGAAAUGGCUGUUUCUAUGUGUUUGCCACCCCCCUAACUCUUGUCUUGAACCGGAUGAAUCAUCAUCCAUUGGGAAGAUGGACAACUCGAGUUCAGUUGCAAGGACAGAUGGCCCACUGUGUGGCCGUAACGAUGCUAAACAUGGCUCUAGUCUACCACUUUGGAGGCGGACAAUUGGGUACGAACAAGGCUUUCAGCCUCUACCAGCAGUGCAUAACACUCUGUACUGCAGUUGAAGAAGAUGGAUUCGAGAAACAGAUUAUUCGCAACAUUCACGUUUUGGCUCAAAACAACAUGAUCCAAACAGUCAUUUCUUUGGGUCAGCGAGAAGAUGCCGAGCAGGCGCUGGAUGCUCUAGAAAAGAUGCUCCCAUUUUUUGAGGGUGAAGCCAUGCUGGGAGAGGACGUACUUGGAGAGCUGGCUUUGAACGUGCUCGUUCCUGGAAUCCACGUAGCGGCUCCCAUCGCUUGA